AUGACUUUCCUGACGGCCACGGUUCUUGCGGACUGCUUAAUCUGUCGACCUAUAAGGUACAGGUGGGAUUUCGCUAUCAAGGGAGCCUCAUGCGGAGACGAAACAAAGCUCGGUCUCUUCAUCGCGAUUGUCAACUUCCUACAAGACGUCAUUGUCGUGGUAUUGCCUAUGCCUAUACUUUGGAACCUGCAAAUGGCCGUGAGCAGGAAAGCGGCGCUGACCGGCAUGUUCGGGAUGGGUAUUCUAAUCUGUGCUGUGACUGUCUACCGCAUCCAGGUAACCGCCACCAAUGACAAUCCGAGCAACCCAGCUUCGCAAGAGAAAUACGCUCUCAUCGCGCUCCUGACCUCUCUCGAGACGCUCCUGGGUAUCAUAAGUGCCUGCUUGCCAAUCCUGAAACCGAUAACCAAGAGACUUCGGGUCUCACUCCCCAAGCGCGGGUCAGACACAAACAAACCCUCCACAUCUGGCAGCAUCCCUAUCAUUAUGCGUAUAAGUCACAUGUUUACAGCAUCGUCCCAGAAGUAUUCGUCAGGAGAGCAUAUUCCAUCGCCGGAUCGGUCAUGGUAUGAGAUGCAGGUGGGUAAGGAUGGGACAACGCACGUUUCGGUGAGACCGAAAGCAGACCAAAGGACGGAGGACGAGCUAGCGGGGAAACCCGCCGGAAGGGAUGAAGAUAUGGAGAGCAUGUACAACGCUAUGUGA